GAGAGAGAGAGAGAGACUAAACAUUUCUCGAGCCCAAACAAACAACAUUUCUAGGUUUUCAGAGCGUUGUCUCUUCCUUCUCAACCUUCUUCUUCUUCUCCAAAUGGAUCCAACACCCACUCAUGGAAACCUUGUUGAAGAGAGGGAAGAGCUCAUGGCUCUUCCCAAUGAGAGUAACAACCGACCCAUCACAAAAAAAUCCCAUCUUUUGAAACCCCAUGUUGAUGGGUCUGAACCUUUCCUUCCUCCUCCUCCUCCUCGCGUAAAGUCUUCACCUUUGACCCUUUCCUUCUCCGGGUGGAGGCUACCGAACGAAAAGUUCAACUCUUGGUUUCGAAAAAUGUCAGCUUUACACAAACCCAUCUGGAUACAAUCCGGAAUCUUCCAAGCAAUCAAAGCCUCCACUUACAAAAUCCGCAAAAACCCCUCUCUGAUCCUCUCCCUCGCUCAGAGAUGGAGCCCUGAGACCAAAACCUUCGUGUUCCCUUGGGGUGAAGCCACGAUAACCCUCGAGGACGUGGCCCUUCUUCUGGGCUUCUCCGUCGUGGGCUCCUCUGUUUACACUCCACUCGAAACCUCAGAGACGAAAGACUCGGUUUCGAGACUCGAGAAGCGAAGAAAGGAGAGUGUGAAGAGUGACCGUGUGAAGCAGGCUUCAUGGAUCUCCUCAAGCUUUGAGGAUGAUCAGAUGGAGCACGAGGCUUUCCUCGUGUUUUGGCUUUCCAACUUUGUGUUUCCUCAUAAAAAGGGAUAUUCUAUUUCGAAAGAUGUGUUCUCCGUCGCUGUUCGUUUAGCUAGAGGUGAAAGGAUAGCUCUUGCGCCUGCUGUUCUGGCUAGCAUCUACCGAGAUUUGGGGAAAGUUCGUGCUUUAGCGUCUACUCAUAGUGUUGUUGAUGUUAAGUCUCUGUUUAAGUUGGUCCAAGUGUGGAUAUGGGAGAGGUUCAAGAGCAUUGGACCGAGACCGAAUGUGAUACUGUUCGGUGAGCCUAGGAUUGCUCGGUGGAGUGGUCUGAGACAGAGAGGUGAGGAGGUGAGAUUGUUUCUUGUUGAUGAUUUUGAUUGGCGUCCUUAUACUAAACCUUUGAGGAACUGGAACCCACCGAGGUUUUACAAUGAAAAGGCUAAGAGAAUGAGUGAUGAUGAUGAGUUUGAUCGUUGUGUGAGAGUUUCCAAGCUUGAUGGGCUUGGUGUUAUGGAGGAUUACUAUCCGAAUCGAGUUGCAAUGCAGUUUGGAUUGGCUCAGGAUCCUCCUACUAAUCAUAGAAGUAACUUCAGAGAGAAGGAGGAUUACAAUAGGCCUAUUGAUGGUUCAAAGAAACACAUCCCUUCUCGCCUUACCACAGCUUCUGCUUCUGCUGCCAGAUACAGAGACCUGUGGAUGAAGUCAGUGAAAGAACCAACUGAGACUUUCAAUGCAAGCAAUAAAAGGGAUGAUGAUGAUGACGAUGAUGAUGAUGAUGAUGUGCCUCUUAAGGUACUACCAUUGAGCCAAGUCUUUCAAAAGUUAGCAGAUGAUAAGAAGAAAGCUGAGGAAUUGACAAACAAGAAACGCAAGCUAGCUAGUCAUGAGGAUGACAACGAGAAUGCUAUGGAUUGUUUUCAAACACUAGAUGAAGAAGAUGACGAUAACGUUACCGUUGCUCAGAGAAUCAAAUGCAGAAAGAAGUGUGGUGAUGCAAAGGAUACUGGAGCUCAGAGAAUGAAUCUUGAAGUGGAUUGCAAUGUUUCAGGUCUUUCUCAGAAGCAGAAGCUUGCUAUUGGAGAUGAACACAACAACUAUUCAGACUCUGUUGUUGCUUCUGGUGCAGUAGAUGAGAUGGAAGAAGAUGAUAACAAUAUCAUUGCUCAGAUUGUCAAGCUUACAAAAAAGUGUGACAACACUGAAGGAGGAGACUACGGUUUUGGUGGACCUGAAGUGGAUGACAAUGUUUCAGGCCUUCCUCAAAAGCUUGCUUGUGGAGAUGAAACUGUAGCACUGCCAGAAAUAGAGAGAAUGAGUGUAGAGAAUGAUGAAAUCAUCAGCUCUUCAGAUCCUCUAGUUGCUUCUAAUGGAAUAAUAGCUGAGAAGGAAGAAGAAGAAGAAGAAGAAGAAGAAGUUGAUGAUGAGAGACUGAACCAGAGAAAACUUGGAAAAGAUGAGGUAGCAAUGAAGCUGGAAGCACGCAUGUUGAAGGUUGAGAAGACUUUGGCGAAGAUUAGACAAUGGAAGAUGGGAAAAAACCAAACCAAAACUCCAGUUUCUGCUUAGGCUAUUAUCAUUUGCUAUUGCAGCUUCUUAUGAAAAAGAAAACUUUUAAAGAAGAAAAAAAUAAAUAAAUAAAAUAAAUAUGGGAAUUAAAAAAAAAA